CUGAUUGAUCACGCUGUCCAGAACUUGAAAGUUGGCUUUGAGCUUUUAAGCCAGUUGUUGCUGCAGGAAUAUGUCAGAUACCGAGGCUUCCAAUUAGAUAGCUUUGAGCUUUUCCUGUCAGGUCGGCGGAAUCAAAUUGCGCUUAUGCGAGAACGUCUUCGUGAGACUGAGCAGGCCCGAAUUGCAGCUGCAGAUGAGUCUGUUUCUGAAAGAUCUAGAGAGGCAGAAGGACGGGUUCAACAGCAUAUAGCGCAAGGCGAUGAGAUGGAAAGUCAAAAACAGAGUGCAAGUAGCCCUAAUGAUUUUGCCGCAAGCACUCUUAAAGAUAAUGCUCAAUUUGCCAAAGUGAAAUCCUCGAUCUUGCAGGGCAAUAGAGACGGGAUUCGUGAGGCUGGAGCUGAAGGUGAGCGAGUCUCUCUGGCCCAGGGGGUCAUAAAGCUCGCUGAAGGGUCUGAAAAUUCCCUUGUACGAGAAUCACAAGAAACGGAAAAGUCAAUUGAGGAAGUAGACGAAGGUUUGGACGAGGAGGACGGUGAUGAGAUGGAGAUUGUAGAUGCUGCCACUCUGGAACAAAGACGAGCUCGCCUUGCGGCCGAAGCAGCUUCGACCUCAUCGGCCUCUAUUUCAAAAAACACAAACCAGUCUUCUGUCACCCAUACACUGAGCAAGCAAGAGGAUUCCAGUACUAUAGUCGUGGAGGAGUUGGCAGAAGAGACCGGAUCUUGCUCACGUCAUGGCGAAGGUAACGAAAACAUGACGGAUGUUAAUGAUUGUCUUGAGUUGGAGGACUCACAGGAAGAAAGUGGGAAAAGGCUGUCAUAUGAUUCUGUUCGAAUUAAAUCUGAUGGGAGCGACAAAUUUUCAUCAACUGAUACUUCUAUGAGAAAAGAUGAUGCUGAUAUAAAGACAACCAAGGACGCGAGGGAGUAUGAGGAUGAUACAAAGUCUUCUGCAGGUAUUACUGCGCCUCAACUGGCCGGACUUGUCUCUUCUUCGCCUGACGAUUUGGGCUGCCUAACCUUCUAUGAUAUCCUUCUAGUUGACAUAUUGCAGCGGCUCGCCAGGCCUGGGAUCAAAGAAUCGUAA